AUGAUGGCCUCACUCAAUGCCACACUAUUUCAUCCCUCCUCUUUCCUUCUUCUGGGGAUACCUGGACUGGAACAUAUGCAUAUAUGGAUUGGUUUUCCUUUCUUUGUUGUGUAUCUGACAGCUGUACUUGGGAAUACUAGCAUCCUUUCUGUGAUUCAGACUGGUAGUCUCCAUCAGCCCAUGUUCUUCUUCCUGGCCAUUCUGUCAUCUGUUGACCUGGGCCUGUCCACAUCCACCAUCCCCAAGAUGCUUGGCAUCUUCUGGUUCAAGCUGAGAGAAAUCUCCUUUGAGGGCUGCCUGGUCCAGAUGUUCUUUAUCCACCUAUGCACUGGCAUGGAGUCGGCUGUGCUCGUGGCCAUGGCCUAUGAUCGCUAUGUGGCCAUCUGUAACCCUCUUCACUACACACUGGUGCUGACAAACAAGGUGGUAACCAUCAUUGCAUUGGCAGUCCUCCUGAGACCUCUGACUUUUGUCAUCACCUUUGUUCCGCUCAUUCUAAGGUUACCAUUUUGUGGGCACCAAAUCAUACCUCACACUUACUGUGAGCACAUGGGUAUUUCCCGCCUAUCCUGUGCCAGCAUCAGGGUCAACAUCAUCUAUGGCUUAUGUGCUAUCUCUAUCUUGGUGUUUGACAUUGUAGCCAUUGUCAUCUCCUAUGUACAGAUCCUCCGUGCUGUAUUUCAACUUCCUUCCCAUGAUGCCCGGCUCAAAGCUCUCAGCACCUGUGGUUCCCAUGUGUGUGUCAUGUUGGCUUUCUACACUCCUGCAUUUUUUUCAUUCAUGAUCCACAGGUUUGGCCGGAAUAUACCACGCUAUAUCCACAUCCUUCUGGCCAAUUUCUAGGUAGUCAUUCCACCUGCUCUCAACCCUGUAAUCUAUGGUGUCAGGACUAAACAGAUUAGAGAGCAUGUGCUGAAAGUAUUUUCCAAGAAAAAAGCAUAA